GCGCUCAACGCGAGCUCUGAAGCUGGAGGUUGGCUUGCCAAGCUCUCGCCGAGACCGGAUCCAGGAAAUACGAGGCGGGCCUCGGUGGGAGGGACGCACUGAAGGAGGAGGGAGGAAAGGGGGCGGCGGCGGCUCUCACCGGACUCGGGCCCCGCUCGGCGCGCACCCAAGGGGGGUCGGGCGGGGAAGCGGCGCCGGGCCCGGACCCCCCGCGGGAGCUGGCGGUUGGUGUGAGGGCGAGGCGGCGGCAGCGGCCAACAGGGAGCAGCGGCUGCGGAUUUCCAGUCUACUGAAAAGAAUGUGCUUUGAGAGCUGGAGAUGUGAAUAAGAGUCCUGUGCCACGGCUCAUAAACCAUUUUGAGGAUCCCACCAGGGUACCCUAUUUCAGUUAUCGUCAUGUCUUUUUAGGCUCCUCUUGGCUGUGACAGUUUCUCAGACUUUCCUUGUUUUGAUGACUUUGUCAGUUUUGAAGAUAAUUGAUCAGGUGCAGCAUCCAUUGGUGAUUUCUUGAAGUAGUCUGUACUGUGAUGGCUGCAAAAUGAUGAUUUCUCCAGCUCCAGCGCUUCCUGCACAUAUUUACCAGUUGGAUUCCACUAAAAUGACUGCAGUAUUGGAAGACCAUUACUAUUGGAAGGCCGGUUAGCAUCCAUUUCCUAAGAGAAACUUGACCUCCAUUUGCUCUGGCAUGGCGCAAAGCAGUCCUCAGCUUGAUAUGCAGGUUCUCCAUGACCUCCGACAACGUUUCCCUGAGAUUCCAGAGGGUGUGGUGUCUCAGUGCAUGUUACAGAAUAACAACAAUCUGGAAGCCUGUUGCCGAGCCCUUUCCCAGGAGAGUAGCAAAUACUUAUAUAUGGAAUACCAUAGUCCAGAUGACAACAGGAUGAAUAGAAACCGUCUUUUGCAUAUUAACCUGGGUAUUCAUUCUCCUAGUAGCUACCACCCAGGAGAUGGUGUGCAACUUAAUGGCGGUCGAACGCUGGUACAUAGCUCAAGUGAUGGACAUAUUGAUCCACAGCAUGCAGCAGGUAAACAGCUGAUAUGUUUAGUUCAGGAACCACACUCAGCUCCAGCUGUUGUCGCUGCUACUCCCAACUACAAUCCUUUUUUUAUGAAUGAACAGAACAGAAGUGCAGCUACUCCUCCUUCACAGCCACCUCAACAGCCAUCUUCCAUGCAAACAGGAAUGACUCCAUCUGCUAUGCAAGGGCCUUCACCACCACCGCCGCCACCUCCUUCCUACAUGCACAUACCUCGGUAUAGUACCAAUCCAAUUACUGUUACAGUAUCCCAAAACCUCCCUUCUGGACAGACUGUACCAAGAGCUUUACAAAUUCUUCCACAAAUUCCGAGCAAUCUGUAUGGGUCUCCUGGUUCUAUUUAUAUUAGACAGACAUCUCAGAGUUCAUCAGGAAGACAGACUCCUCAGAAUACGCCGUGGCAGUCCUCACCACAGGGCCCAGUGCCUCAUUAUAGCCAGCGUCCUUUACCUGUGUAUCCACAUCAACAAAACUAUCCACCUUCUCAGUAUUCUCCCAAACAACAGCAGAUCCCUCAACCUGCUUACCAUUCACCACCUCCUUCUCAGUGUCCUUCACCCUUCAGCUCUCCUCAGCAUCAAGUACAACCGUCUCCAUUGGGCCACCCCAGUUCUCAUGUCUUUAUGCCACCUAGUCCUUCAACGACGCCACCCCAUCCAUAUCAACAAGGACCUCCUAGCUAUCAGAAACAGGGAAGCCAUUCGGUAGCCUAUCUCCCAUAUACAACAUCUAGCUUACCCAAAGGAUCCAUGAAGAAGAUAGAAAUAACAGUAGAACCCUCUCAGAGAUCUGGAACAGCCAUGAAUAGGAGUCCUUCACCUAUCAGUAACCAGCCAUCUCCACGGAAUCAGCACUCAUUGUACACAGCCACCACACCACCGUCAAGUUCUCCUUCCAGAGGGAUAUCCAGUCAACCGAAACCUCCGUUUACUGUCAAUCCUGUGUAUAUUACAUAUACACAGCCCACUGGACCUUCUUGUGUUCCAUCACCAUCUCCUCGGAUGAUACCAAACCCAACGACCGUUUUUAAAAUCACUGUAGGCCGAGCCACGACUGAAAAUCUGUUAAAUUUAGUGGACCAAGAAGAACGUUCUGCAGCCCCAGAACCUAUUCAGCCCAUUUCAGUGAUACCAGGCUCUGGGGGAGAAAAGGGAAGCCAUAAAUAUCAGAGAAGUUCCAGUUCUGGAUCUGAUGACUAUGCCUAUACACAAGCCUUGCUGUUACAUCAGCGAGCAAGGAUGGAGAGGUUAGCAAAGCAAUUGAAACUUGAGAAAGAGGAGCUAGAGCGCUUGAAGGCAGAAGUUAAUGGUAUGGAGCAUGACCUGAUGCAGAGGCGGCUCAGAAGGGUCAGCUGCACCACGGCGAUCCCAACGCCUGAGGAAAUGACAAGAUUGAGAAGCAUGAACAGACAACUCCAGAUAAAUGUUGACUGUACACUGAAAGAAGUUGACCUCCUUCAAUCUAGAGGAAACUUUGAUCCAAAAGCUAUGAAUAAUUUUUAUGACAACAUAGAACCUGGUCCAGUUGUACCACCCAAGCCGCCUAAAAAAGACUCAUCAGACCCCUGCACAAUUGAGAGAAAAGCCCGAAGAAUUAGCGUGACCUCCAGAGUACAGGAGGACGUCCAUGACACCCAGGCAGCAGCCGCAGAUGGUUUGUACUUAGCACCCAGGUGGCUCCAAACAGAGUCCUCGGACACAACCCCGAGAUGAAGACUAUGAAGGGGCUCCGUGGAAUUGUGAUAGCUGCACCUUUCUGAACCACCCCGCACUAAAUCGCUGUGAGCAGUGUGAGAUGCCACGGUACACUUGAAUUCCCAGGAGUCUGCACUAGGUUGAGAGUGUAACUUUGAGCACCCAUUAGAAGAAAAGGAAACCUGGGGAAUCUGUUCAUCUACCCAGCCUUUUCAUUUCAGACAACAUGGGGUGGGGGGUGGGGAGAAGGACACUGUAGCCACUUGUGCUCAAUAAAUGAAAAAUGGGGAGGGUUUUUCCCCCCUGCUGUCUUAACUCAGUGCAGUUAGAGAUAGAAAGGGAUACUUGAAAUGGGGAAAGGAUUCACUCCUGAAAGAAUGUACACAGAGAAGUCAAGAGCUCUUCUGUGAAACCCCAAUCAUUCAAGUUACUGCUGAGUGACCCUUAUUUUAUAAACUAGAACUUUGAAUAAUGGUGUAACAUGUUACAGUUUAUGCAGACAAACUGUGAAUUGCCAGAGCAGACUUACCUGGUCACAGAUCUCUGGAAAACCCAGGCUCCCCAGGCUUCUUCCUGUUGCUUCCUACUAAGGAAAAGGACAGGGAAAGCACUCAGAGGAUGUUUUUGGUGGGGAGCAAAACAAUAAGGGUAUUUGUAAUUGCUGCUUUUUUCAGGGGUAAUUUCAAACACAGAAACAAGAUGUUUUAAAAUGUGACUUGUAGCAGUCAGGAAUUCGGCAUAUCGUGCCCUUUGUUCGAAAGUACAAUCAGAGGUGAUAAGAUUCCUUUUGCUUGUACAAUGAUUCAUCAAGCUAUAUCAACACUGGUAACUAAGACCUAAUUAUGCCGCAGAAUAGAUAGAUUUUUUAAGUUACUGCAUGCUUUUAUUAGGCCACUCGUUUUUUAAAAUAACCAACAAGUCCUUAUGAAUUCUGAUUUUAUGAAUGACCUUCUCGUAAAACUGCGCUUUGCCAAUAGCAUAGUGAAUGUAUGCCGAAUGUAAAUCCAUUCCAAAAUCCACUUGGAAUCUUGAGCUCAGCUGUGGUUCUAUAAGAAACGUUUGCAGUCCAUAGAGCCUCCCCACCCGGCCCUGCCUUCCAAUUUUGUGAUGAGUUCAUGAUGUUUACAGCACAGAGAAUACUUGUGCCAUAAUCCUAAUCUAGCUGAAAAAAAAUUACUGUUACUCAUUCAAUAAAGAUGUAUUUGCACAUAUGUUAACAAAUCAGUGUGAGGAAAAUUAUAGUUAGCCAAUAUCAUAAAGUUGCACACUGCGCUAUUUGGGGAGGAAGAAAAGGCUAGUUAAGAAAUAAGAGAAAGGUGAAUACAAAGGACUUUGAAAUUAAGAACUUAAUUUUUACCAUACUGUAUUCAGAGAUGAUACUAAGUUUGUUCAGAUAGUUCAGAUGAUACUAAAGCACUCCUUAUUUAUGAAGUUAGAAACUUAGGGUAUAAAUAACUGAAGAGAUAUAAAAUCAUUUGACUCACUAAAGUGCACCACCAGAAAAUUAUUAAUAGGACACUGAAUUAGGGCAGUUGACGUUUCUUCCAAGCUCAAAAUUGGAUUUUGGAAUCUCCCCUUAUUUGGGUACAUGUAAACAGCAAUAAAAUUGGUAAGUUUCCUAAUCCUAAAGGAUUUUCCCUCAGGUAAAAUACCUGAGGAGUAUCUGCUCUCCCAUACCAGCUGUCCCCCUUCUCUUUCACUCACACACAGGCACGCACGCUCGCUUCAAGCUGUCAUUAUAUGCUAAUUUAGCAGUAAUCUCUGGCAGAUCUGGAAAAACAAGCUGCACUUAAUAGCAUAAUGAAACCAAAGGCAUAAUAACUUAUCAUAGCUUUCCAUCAAAAUCACAAUUUCACACUGUACCUGCAGCUCUGAAAACAUUUUUUUCAUAUGUGGAAAAUGUCCUGAAAGUAUCUACUUGUCUCACAGAGUCAGCGUGGCUAUGUAAUUACACUGAUAAAACAUCUCUCAUAUAACAACUGUGGCAAAACUGUGAAAAUAAAGGUGAGAAAGCAGAUGGGCUUAAAAGCAUUGACCUGAAAAUAGCACUCAUUCUCUAAAAGCUUUUGUAGCACUGGUGUCUGUCAAUCUCCAGUAAGUCUAUCAGUCCUGCUGUUCUGUAAUAAUGCCAAUGCCUUUGCCUUUGUAUGGUUUCAUAUCUCUUUAGAGAUGGUAAACCCCACUUGGUAUUAAGUAACAAAAUAGGGUAAAAAAUACAUAUAUUGCUUGAUGUUCUAGCUAAAGGUUUACCCAGUAUUCUUAGUGAUAUGCUGAAGUGGCAGCAGUUAACUUGGCACUUGUCAGUUGAGGGUGAAGGUAGCAUGUAUGAAAACAGUUUGAUGCUUUAUUAAAACCAUGUAGAUGACUUUAAAACUAUUGCAUGAACAUACAUCCAGGUUAUUGAACUGUUAUCACACAGUAGAUGCAUGGUUCCAGUCCUUUGGUGAUCUAUCUAGUAAAUCAUUGUUUUCACCUGCCAGGAAAAAUGAGAUACCAGUCUUAUUUGAUAGGUGUAGAGGGUGGGGUUUGAGACAUCAGAGAUUGAUGUUUAAGGGAGUUUUGUAUACGUUCAUUUCUGGUUCUGCACACGUUUCAUACACCAACAUAGGCUGUAGUCAGUUUUUAAAAUUAGCAAAAUUACUUGACACCAAUACAUUUGAUAUGUUUAACUAUGUCCCAUAUAUAGACUACUUCUGGCUUGUGACCAGUUUGAACAAGAAUUCUGUCACCUUUCAAGAUGCCUUUUCAGAAGGAUCUGGCUGCUGAGGUGCCUAUGCUUUUUGGAUCAGUUGGUGCACUUCUUGUUCCUAGUAAAAAGGUGUUUUCUUAAAUUACAACCAGUUUGAUGUAUCUGGUAACAUAGACCUGACUAUACAUUUUACAUUAUUUCACCGUUUUGUAAACUGAGUUUUUUGAAAGCACAUUUGUCAUUUUGUCCCAGUACAUUGCCCCUUACAUUUUGAGGUAGGUCUUAAAAAUUUAAAGUGGCAAAAGAGGAGCCAGAAACUUUCUAAGCCUUGUAAAAUGUUUCAAAUAAUGACCUUGUUUGAGAGAGUUAGAGGCAGUGGUGUUUUAAACAAAAGAAAUGCAUUGUAAUAAAGGUAGUUUUAGAGCAGAUUAAUGAUGGUGGGGAAAGUGUUGCUAAUUUGUUUAUUUCCCUGAAAAGAUGGGAGUGUGAUGAGCAGUUUAAUAAUUUUAAGGAGCUGGUCUCAACUUUAGUACUUAUAAUUAUUAUAAGAAAUCAAUAUUUCCUUAAAUUUUGACAUUGCUUUGUCCCGGUUAUCUAAGGUUCAUAUUCCAACUUUCUGUGGCAACUGAACUUUAUAUAGUAUUUUAAAAGGUAAUUGUAAUGUUUUUGACAGUAUAAACAAAAAGCAAGAAUAUAAGGCCUAGAAAAAUUGUCCUUUGAAAAUAUCAAUGAUGCACCCUGGAAUGUGAAGAUGUCCCCUUAUAGUUUAAAUUGAUUUAUUUGAAUAUUGUAAUCAUUCUUCAGACUUUGAAUGAGUCGUUACAGUGUGUGUCUGUAUAUCCAUAGAGAAAAAUGACAAUUGAAAUGUAACUUUAAAAUCAGAAUAAAUUUGGCACUGUCUGUUGCACCACUACUGUAUCUUUUUGAAAGAAUUAACAGUAUUUUCUUAUUGUAAAAGAUAAUUCUGAUAAUUUCACAUUCACCAGACAUGUAUUUUUUUUCCCUGUAUUAUUUGCAUCCCCAAAUAUUUAAUACAAGUAGGUUUUGCACGGCUUGAGCAUUCAGAGAUUAACAGAAUGAUGACUCAAUUUUAAUUUCUAAAGCCAUGAAAUGUUGCUUUGAGACUGAACAAUUCUGAAUUCUUAUUUAUAAUGACACCCAAUGUCCAUGUUUCCCUACUGUAAAAGAACUGAUCAGUUUCUUGCCUACAACAGCAAGAACUUAUUAAAUCUUGUAAAUACCGUGUCUCUUUUAGAUUUCUGUGUAUGCUGUGAAUCAAAUUAUUUUGAGGUGAAAUUGUAUUAAGACAAAGGCAUUUUAAAAGGCUAUGCAUGCAUCAAACCUCCAAACAGUACAUAUUCGGAAAGUCAAAGAAUCCUGCAAAAUAAAUUAAUAAAGUAAAAGCAAA